AUGGCUUCUUAAUUUAUAUCGAGUCAUGAGACUCUUAGGAUUAGUGAGAUGAAAUUCAUAGAACAAGAAUAGUAUUAUAUCAAUCUCAUUAGAGAGUAAAGGGAAAAAAUGGAAUUAUUAAAAAAUGAAUUUCUAAAAAAGGAUCAAGUCAUCAUUGAUAUGCAAAGCUAACUAAAUGAAUUAUAGGAAGAGAAUGAGUAGCUUAAAGAGAUGUACCAGAAAUCUGUUUAAAAAAAGGAGCAGGAAGUUUAUCGAAUAAACAAACUACAAUAAGAGAAGGAUAACUUGAUAAUAGAUAUGAUUGAAUUGAAGGACAUGAUAGAGCAUUUAAGAUAAGAAAAUGACACUAUGAGUACAAUGUGUAUAAGAAAUGAGGAUUAAUAAAGACAAUCAUAAGAUCAAUUAAUCCUUUUGGGAGAAGAGAAUAGUAGAUUGAAGACUGAAAUAUAAAAAUUGGAUGAGAUUUUAUUUUAGUGUGAACCUUUGAGGGUUGAAAAUGAAAAAUUAAAAGAAAAAUUAAAAUAUUAUAAAUUAGAAAAGAGAAAACUUCAUUAGGAUAUGAAACAAAGCAAAUAAGAGAUUAAUAAACAAAUAGAAGAGUUUAAGUUUAUAAUCACUAAAGAUUUUUAGAAUGAAAUGGAACGAUUAUAAGAGUAUAAGGAGUGUCAUUUAUAGUUAAAUUAAAAAUUAUAAGAUUUAGAAGAGUAGUGUUUGAGUUUAACUGAUGAAAAUAAUCAAUUAAAAUCUGAGAUCUAAUCCUUGUAUAAAAAGGAGGAAAGUGAUAUCAAAAUCAAAUCUGAGAUAGAUAGAGUCAGAUAAGAUCUAAUGUCAGUAAGACAAAAAGAAACAUAAAAAUUAUAUGAACUAUUUAAUGGUAUAAUGGGUUUGAGCAGUUUAGCAAACUCAAGAGAAAAGAUUUAUUGA